AAUAAGAAGAGAAAAGUUGGAUAUUUUUUACUGGAAGGAGAGUGAAUAAGCAGCACAAUGAAGAGCUGGCUGGAUGGCGGCAGCAUGGAGGACGCGUCCAUGACGUGCAUGCUUGCGGAGCCCCGGGAAGCCCUGCUGCCUAUCACGGGGAGAGAGAACUUGGCGCCGAGGAAAAGAGAGCGCACCUUGGAGCCAUGCGCGUUAUCCGAGGAGGCUUAUCUCUCCGGCUCCAGCUCUCCCUGCGCUGGACUCUCCCGAGAGGAGAGAAGGAGGCGACGUAGAGCCACCCUCAAGUACAGAACAGCACACGCCACAAGAGAGAGAAUAAGAGUGGAGGCCUUCAACGCUGCGUUUGCGUCCCUAAGACGACUGCUACCGACUCUGCCGCCGGACAAAAAGUUGUCCAAGAUAGAAAUACUGCGUCUCGCUAUCUGUUAUAUCGCUUAUCUGAAUCAUGUCUUGGAUGCUUAAAGCUGUUACGUUUUUCCAGAUGAUAAUAAAGAA